AUGUUAAGGGGGGGGGGACCCAGGUCAUCUUUUGUCCCUUACUUGCCAUGGGUGUGGCAAGGUGCUUUGUAUGACUUAAAUGCAAAGGUUUCAGAGCUUCCACACGGGGCCUUAAGCAUUCAGGGAUUCCUUCCAGGUUUUGAAGGCUUCAAAACUAAGUGGCAGGGACAAGUAGUUGGGGUUUCCCUUAUACCCCCAUUAAUCUCCAUCCUGGAGCCCAUCUGUGAUCUAGAGGAGACCAGAAAGCCUACCCUGACCUUCUUUUGCCUCCCCAAGUGUCCCUGGCCAACUCAAGUCCCUCACUGCAGAUACCAACAAGGCAAAUCACUUUCGUGUGUCUCCUACCAACAAAAACACCUCUUGCUGGAACUGCGAUCACCUCAAUGAUAACACCAGACAGUGUUGUCAGGUAGGCCCUUGCUGUAUGCCAGGUGCUGUGCUAAGCACUUCAGAUGCUCACAAAGCCCCUCUGAGGUAGGUAAAGCCACGGAAAAGCAGGCACAGGGUGGUCCAGCCAUACCCAGAGCCACAACUGCUAGCCUGGUGGAAGCAGCUUUCUCCAUCCACUAACUUGGGAAGUGCCCCUGUUCUGCCACUAUCUGCAUGAAGGACCCAUAUUCCUAACCCCCCUAACGGUGGUGCUCUUUUGAAACGGAACUGGGCACUGAACCAACUUCUAACCAUAGCUCCCUGGAGGGAGCCAAGGGAUGGGAAGUGUCUAUAGGAGCUCUCGCAACUCCCAUUUCCCUAGUCUCCACACAAGUAGCGUAUCUACCGUAAAUCCUUUUCCUAUCACCCCUAGGGGACAAAGAGGUGAGGUCUAUCCCCAUUUCACAAAGCAGGAGAUAGGGUUCAGGAAUUAAAUGGCUUACCAAGACUCUAACCUUGGGCUCUGGAGUUCUCCCUGGGAGUGUAAGUCACACAUUAAGUGCCACAGGGGACACCGCGGUGGAGGUUGGUGGGUAGUGGUGAUGACCCAUGAGCACAGAACCUUGAGAGUGACUGGCAAAGAGGCUGUCACACAGGCUAUCACACUCCAGAUGGGAAGCAGUGGUCAUCAAAGUGGACUCCCCAGUUAAAGCUGACAAACACUAGGAUGCUGCCUUCACAUGUGACUGACUGUCAAAGGACCCAGAAAUGGAUGGGGGUCCCAGCCUUGGGAAUGUUGGUGCAGUGGGUUCUGUGGGCCUACUUGGCUUUUGCAGGCUCCAGAGCAGGCCAGUGGCUGGUCAGUCUGUGGCGGGCGGAGAGGUGAUUUCUUCUUGGGGAGCGAGGAAGACAAGGCCAUCUUUUCAAAGGUCGAUCUUGAGAGGAGGUCAUGGAGAAGAAACUACAACUCCCAGAAGCCCAUGGUCCUCGGAGACGCUUGAUGGUUGCCAUGGUUUCAGAAAACAAUAUGGCCGCUCCCAGCUAGGACAAGACUCAGGCUUAGAGAGGUAGAGGCUGGUUUGAGCGCCGGUAGUGGAGGGAGAGAAAGCGCUGGAGGUGUCUUGAGUUUAGGACUGGACACUGAACGGCUGGAACAGUCUGUUGAGGGCGCCGAUGGCGGGCAACGUGGACGAGGAGGCGUUACACCAGCUGUACCUGUGGGUGGACAACAUCCCUCUCUCCCGGCCCAAGCGAAAUCUCUCACGGGACUUCAGUGACGGAGUCCUGGUUGCCGAGGUUGUCAAGUUUUACUUCCCCAAGAUGGUGGAGAUGCACAAUUAUGUUCCUGCCAACUCUCUUCAGCAGAAACUCAGCAACUGGGGUCACCUGAACAGGAAGGUGUUGAACAAGCUGAACUUCUCAGUGCCAGAAGAUGUGAUGCGCAAGAUUGCUCAGUGUGCUCCAGGCGUGGUGGAGUUGGUGCUCAUUCCUCUGAGGCAGCGCCUGGAGGAGCGGCAGCAGAGACAGCGGAAGCAGGGCACAGGCUCAUUACAGGAGCUGGCACCACAGGAUGGCACUGGCUACAUGGAUGUGGGUUUGUCCCAGAAGGUCACAGGGGACGGUGCUCUGGACCCCAAGGGAGGGGGGCAGCUCAGGGGGGCGCAGCUGCCCCCUCCCCGCCCUCCAGGAUAUAGCCAGGCACUGCAGGGGGAUCCAAGUUUUGUCCUUCAGAUCGCUGAAAAGGAGCAGGAGCUGCUGGCCUCACAGGAGACAGUGCAGGUCCUGCAGAUGAAGGUGAGGCGCUUGGAGCACCUGCUUCAGCUCAAGAACGUGCGCAUAGAGGACCUUUCCCGAAGGCUCCAGCAGGCGGAGCGUAAGCAGCGGUGAGCGCUGGGAGCCUGUGGGAUGCCCUAGUACCAGCCAAAACCCAACUCCGGCUCUGAGCAACCAAUGCGACUUACUCACCCACCCAUCCACUGAAGGACAAAUGGGUGGGUGGAGCCAGCGGCUCCAAUAUCCCUUCUGGGGUGUGAGCUCCUCCAUUUGGGGUCGGGGUGUGUCGGGACCCCUCUGAGAUGAGCCCCAGGACUAAGCCAUCUCCUCCACUCCAUCUGGGUCAGGAGAAUGGACCGCUUUCCAGAACCCAGAAGCCAUGUGCAGAGACCUGACGUGCACCCCAAAACCAAGGCCUCUGCCUUGGUGCUCCCUGUGCUGGCCCCCAGCUCAGCCCACAAUCCUAAGACUAAGUCCCCACCCAGCUCUGAGGACAGUGGCCUUUCUGUCCAGGCUAGUUCUCCAACCCCUGGGCCACAGGGGAAGUUGCCCCCAGCAGCUAAGGUGCUCCCUUGCCCCUCCCAGGCACUCACCUGGGAUCAGGCUCAAGGCUGGAGAGAGCAGCAGCUGGAGAGGAAGGGGUGAGGAGUGGGCUCAGCCAGGUGUGGGGAAGGCAUCCACAGUGCCUGUGCCAGUCACUCUCCCCUCCUAUGCAGUACCUUUGAGAAUUGGGGGAUAUGGGACAGGUGCCCCUCAUUAAAGGUAUUGUGCCUUC